CGGGCUAACCUCAGUUCCCAGGCUUAAGGCGCGGCCUCUGGUUCCGCCGCCUGCGCCGCUACCGUCAUGGGUUUCCUGAAGUUGAUUGAGAUCGAGAACUUUAAGUCGUACAAGGGUCGACAGAUUAUCGGACCAUUUCAGAGGUUCACCGCCAUCAUCGGACCCAAUGGCUCCGGUAAGUCAAACCUCAUGGAUGCCAUCAGCUUUGUGCUGGGUGAGAAAACCAGCAACCUGCGAGUAAAGACCCUUCGGGACCUGAUCCAUGGAGCUCCUGUGGGCAAGCCAGCUGCCAAUCGGGCCUUUGUCAGCAUGGUCUACUCUGAGGAGGGUGCUGAGGACCGCACCUUUGCCCGCGUUAUUGUAGGGGGUUCUUCUGAGUACAAGAUCAACAACAAAGUAGUCCAGCUACAUGAGUACAGUGAGGAAUUAGAGAAGUUGGGCAUUCUUAUCAAAGCUCGUAACUUCCUCGUCUUCCAGGGUGCUGUGGAAUCCAUUGCCAUGAAAAACCCCAAAGAGAGGACAGCUCUAUUUGAAGAGAUCAGUCGCUCUGGGGAGCUGGCUCAGGAGUAUGACAAGCGAAAGAAAGAAAUGGUGAAGGCUGAGGAGGACACGCAAUUUAAUUAUCAUCGCAAGAAAAACAUUGCAGCUGAACGUAAGGAGGCCAAACAGGAGAAAGAAGAGGCUGACCGUUACCAGCGCCUGAAGGACGAGGUGGUGCGAGCUCAAGUGCAGCUACAGCUUUUUAAACUGUACCAUAAUGAAGUGGAAAUCGAGAAGCUCAACAAAGAACUGGCCUCUAAGAACAAGGAGAUCGAGAAGGACAAAAAGCGUAUGGAUAAGGUAGAGGAUGAGCUGAAGGAGAAGAAGAAGGAGCUGGGCAAAAUGAUGCGGGAGCAGCAACAGAUUGAGAAGGAGAUCAAGGAGAAGGACUCAGAGCUGAACCAGAAGCGGCCUCAGUACAUUAAAGCCAAGGAGAACACCUCCCAUAAAAUCAAGAAGCUGGAAGCAGCCAAGAAAUCUCUGCAGAAUGCUCAGAAGCACUAUAAGAAGCGUAAGGGUGACAUGGAUGAGCUGGAGAAGGAGAUGCUGUCAGUGGAGAAGUCCCGGCAGGAGUUUGAAGAGCGGAUGGAAGAGGAGAGUCAGAGUCAGGGCAGAGACUUGACCCUAGAGGAGAAUCAAGUAAAGAAAUACCACCGGUUGAAAGAAGAAGCCAGUAAGAGAGCAGCUACCUUAGCCCAGGAGCUGGAGAGCGGAAGAAAGUAGAGACAGAGGCCAAGAUCAAGCAAAAGCUGCGGGAGAUUGAAGAGAAUCAGAAGCGGAUUGAGAAAUUGGAGGAAUACAUCACCACUAGCAAGCAGUCCUUAGAGGAGCAGAAGAAGCUAGAAGGCGAAUUGACAGAGGAGGUUGAGAUGGCCAAGCGGCGUAUUGAUGAGAUCAAUAAAGAGCUGAACCAGGUGAUGGAACAGCUAGGUGAUGCCCGCAUUGACCGCCAGGAGAGUAGCCGCCAGCAGAGAAAGGCAGAGAUAAUGGAAAGCAUCAAGCGCCUUUACCCUGGCUCUGUGUAUGGUCGCCUCAUUGACCUCUGCCAGCCCACUCAAAAGAAGUAUCAGAUUGCUGUAACCAAGGUGUUGGGCAAGAACAUGGAUGCCAUUAUUGUGGACUCAGAGAAGACAGGCCGGGACUGUAUUCAGUAUAUUAAGGAGCAGCGUGGGGAGCCUGAGACCUUCUUACCUCUUGACUACCUGGAGGUGAAACCUACAGAUGAGAAACUCCGGGAGCUGAAGGGGGCCAAACUAGUGAUUGAUGUCAUUCGCUAUGAGCCACCUCACAUCAAAAAGGCCCUGCAGUAUGCUUGUGGCAAUGCCCUUGUCUGUGACAACGUGGAGGAUGCCCGCCGCAUUGCCUUUGGAGGCCACCAGCGCCACAAGACAGUGGCACUGGAUGGGACCCUGUUCCAGAAGUCAGGAGUGAUCUCUGGUGGGGCCAGUGACUUGAAGGCCAAGGCACGGCGCUGGGAUGAGAAAGCAGUAGACAAGUUGAAAGAGAAGAAGGAGCGGUUGACAGAGGAGUUGAAAGAGCAGAUGAAGGCAAAGCGGAAAGAGGCAGAACUGCGUCAGGUACAGUCUCAGGCCCAUGGACUACAGAUGCGGCUCAAAUACUCACAAAGUGACUUAGAGCAGACCAAGACACGACAUCUAGCCCUGAAUCUGCAGGAAAAGUCCAAGCUGGAGAGUGAGCUAGCCAACUUUGGGCCUCGUAUUAAUGACAUCAAGAGGAUCAUCCAGAGCCGAGAAAGGGAGAUGAAAGACUUGAAAGAGAAGAUGAACCAGGUAGAGGAUGAGGUGUUUGAAGAAUUUUGUCGGGAGAUUGGUGUGCGCAACAUCCGGGAGUUUGAAGAAGAGAAGGUGAAACGUCAGAAUGAAAUUGCCAAGAAGCGGUUGGAAUUUGAGAAUCAGAAGACUCGCUUGGGUAUCCAGUUGGAUUUUGAAAAGAACCAACUGAAAGAAGACCAGGAUAAAGUACAUAUGUGGGAGCAGACUGUGAAAAAGGAUGAAAAUGAGAUAGAAAAGCUCAAGAAGGAAGAACAAAGACACAUGAAGAUCAUAGAUGAGACCAUGGCCCAGCUACAGGACCUGAAGAAUCAGCAUCUGGCCAAGAAGUCAGAAGUCAAUGACAAGAAUCAUGAGAUGGAGGAGAUUCGUAAGAAACUAGGGGGUGCCAACAAGGAAAUGACUCAUUUACAGAAGGAGGUGACAGCCAUUGAGACCAAGCUUGAACAGAAGCGCAGUGACCGCCACAAUUUGCUACAGGCCUGCAAGAUGCAGGACAUCAAGUUGCCACUAUCUAAAGGAACCAUGGAUGAUAUUAGUCAGGAAGAGGGUAGCUCCCAGGGGGAAGAGUCAGUGAGUGGUUCGCAGAGAACAUCCAGUAUCUACGCACGAGAGGCCCUCAUAGAGAUUGACUACGGUGACCUGUGUGAGGACCUGAAGGAUGCUCAGGCUGAGGAGGAGAUCAAACAGGAGAUGAACACAUUGCAGCAGAAGCUGAAUGAGCAGCAAAGUGUGCUUCAGCGUAUUGCUGCCCCUAACAUGAAGGCCAUGGAAAAGCUGGAAAGUGUCCGAGACAAGUUCCAGGAGACCUCAGAUGAGUUUGAGGCAGCCCGAAAGCGAGCAAAGAAGGCUAAGCAGGCAUUUGAACAGAUCAAGAAGGAGCGCUUUGACCGCUUCAAUGCUUGCUUCGAAUCAGUGGCUACCAACAUUGAUGAAAUCUAUAAGGCCCUGUCCCGCAACAGCAGUGCCCAGGGCCCUGAGAACCCGGAGGAGCCCUACUUGGAUGGCAUCAACUACAACUGUGUUGCUCCUGGCAAACGCUUCCGGCCUAUGGACAACUUGUCAGGGGGAGAAAUGUCAGUGGCAGCUCUGGCCCUGCUCUUUGCCAUCCAUAGCUACAAGCCAGCCCCCUUCUCCGUACUGGAUGAGAUUGAUGCUGCCUUGGAUAACACCAACAUUGGCAAGGUGGCAAAUUACAUCAAGGAGCAGUCCACCUGCAACUUCCAGGCCAUCGUCAUCUCUCUCAAGGAGGAGUUCUACACCAAGGCUGAGAGCCUCAUUGGAGUCUAUCCUGAGCAAGGGGACUGUGUGAUCAGCAAAGUCCUGACCUUCGACCUUACCAAGUACCCAGAUGCCAACCCCAACCCCAAUGAGCAGUAGCAAUAGUUUUGCCCUCUUGCCCUAUCUGGAUCCCUAAGCCUCCCCUCCCCCGUCUCUGGACAUUUGGCUCCCACCUCCUCCCCUGCUUGGUAUAGUCAUGAGAUUUAGGCCUGCUAUCAAGCAUGAAGAGGAACAGAGGUGACACUAGAUCUGGAGCAAAAAUGCCUGAGCUACAGGGAGCAUCCUGGCCUGUGGAAGGUGCUGAGCUGAGCUGAACAGGGCCAUCUGUCUACCCCACUCCCUGCUUCUUCUGUACCUUCCCAUAUCACCCAUAAUCACAUGUCCCUUGCCCACUGUGUGCAUGAGUAUGUAUGUGUGUAUAUGUGUGUUUACAUGCAUAUGUGGGAGUGUGUUUGCAAAAUAAUAAAAGAUAUUAGAGACCUGUUUUAGAAGGAGCCUAGGCUGAACUUGAUUUCAAGAAAGCUUAGGAAGACAGCAUCCCAGAACUAGGCAAAUGUACUUGGGACCUCAUAGAAAUCUUCAGCAGUCACCUGAAACUACCCUCAUUCUCUCAUUUGUGUCUUCAUUUAUUCAUAUAUUCAUCAAACACAUACUGAGUACCCUCUUAUUUGUCAGUUCCUAUGCUUGGAAUAUAGAGUUGAAUGAGACAUGAUCUCCAUCCCCUUGCUAAAGAGGUAGAAUGGUUUCAUGAAUUACUAUGAUUAGCUGAAUGUCAUAUGUACUUUUAGAUGACCUUCCUGAAGAUCACAUCUGAGCUGGACCAUGGCAAAUUGGUAGGAUUUGGUUAGGCAGUUGGAACAAAGUGGGCUCUGGGGACACAGUUGUGGACUCUAGAUCCACUUUUUAAUCACUUACUAAUUUGACCUUGGGCAAGUCAUUUGACCUUUCUGUGCCUCAGUUUCCUCAUCUGUAAAAUGGGGCCAACAAUAGUACCUACCUCGUAGGAUUUAAUGAUGUCAGGCUCCUCACUAGAGGCCUUAUUCCUGCUUGGAGCCCACUUGGUGCUGACCCCUCAGAAUACAAACCUCCUCAUGUUUGGACCUCUGAGGGCUUCUGAUCCCAUUGUUGGGAACAAAAGGAGCCUUCAGAUCUGGGAGGUGCUGAGUGCCCUGGUUACUGGAAAAGUUCCAGGGCACCAGUGGGUUUUACCUGGUAGGCGGAGGGGCCAAGAAAGCCUGUAGCUUCAAUCAUGCAUGAAAAGCAAUGCCUGGGCCCCAACCUAGAUUGCAAAGGACUGGGGGAGAGGUAGCCUGAGCUGCAUCCCAGCCUAACACAUGUGAGGUUCCUUUUGAGAACUAAAUUAGGUGUAAGGACCAUGAAGGGCAGCAAAGCCUAGUACGAUUAAUUCAGUCUUUACUUGCUCAUAUACACCAUCAGACUUUUGUCUUACCCUGAUCUUUAUUAUUACUUUUUGUAUUUUAGAUUUAAGUUCCAAUUAAGUAGUGCAUGAAUUCAUUCUUUUAAGAAUUUAGAUUGUUACAGAUAAAAGAAGCCUCAUUCAACUACAUGCCACUCCCCCUUCCUGUUCCUUCCCCUCUUAGCUGGGAUUAUGUCUGUUGUACUUAGACUUUAAUACUUUUACAUACAUAUGUGAAUCAUUGACGAUAUUGCUGUGUGUGUUUAAUACAAAUGGAGAAUUAAAUUUUCCAAAAUUCUCUUUCUCUGCUUAAUAGUGUUUUUAAGAUUUGUGCAUGUUGUUAAAUGUAGAUUAGUCCAUCCUCUAAUUGCUGUAUAGACUGCCAUCAUCUGAGUCUACAUUUUAUUUACUCAUUUUUCUUGUGAUGGACAUUAAGACUAUUUUCAGUUUCUGCUGUUAAAAAGUACUACACAGGAACACAACACACCGACGUCUGUGUAAAAGUGUAUGUAUAUGAAAGUUUACCUAAUGUCGAUUCCUAGAAGUGGAGUUUCAGAACCAUAGGAUAUUUAAAUAUGUAUUUUCAAUAGAUACUUCCAAAUUUCCCUCCUGUACUAUUUACUCUUAGUAUUUUUUUUAGGUGAUCUGAGAUCUAACAUUGUUUUCUAUAUCAGUUUCAUUGUAAGUAGUGAUAUUUGUGAAAUCAUUAGUUUGAUGUGCUAAUUUUGUAUUUUUUU